AAAUUGAAGCGUUUGCGUGUGCGUUACGUUGUGCAGCGACUUGGCGACUUGGUGACUUGCUGACUUGCUGACUUGACUUGGUCGAUUCGACUCUGACUUCGACUUCGACUGGGACAGUGGCGCGUGUGCAAAACCACUCAGCGAACCAACUUUAUUCAAUUCUUUUUUUUUGCAAGUUUUCUUUUAGCCAAAAUUUCCAAUAGAAAAAUCGUUUUUUUUUCUUGUUUUUUGAUUGCGGCUUCAGAUCAGGGGGAGCGAGUGAGAAAUCUGUGCGAAGCAAAGCAAACCAAAGACCAAGAACAGGAAAAAAGAAACUGAAAAGUUAAAGGCCAUGGCUAGGUUAAUGCAGCCCCUGGCAGCCACGUGGCUGCUUUGGGCGCUGCUCGGCGCUGCACUCGUUGAGCGGCUUGGAAUCGCCGAGGGGCAUGGCUGGAGCAACUGGAAUCCUAUUGAAUGCCGUUCAAAUGAAUUUAGAUGCCGCAAUGGUGAUUGCAUUGAUAACAGCAAACGUUGCGACAAUGUCCCAGAUUGUCUCGAUGGCGAUGAUGAGGGCGACGAUUGCCCCGCAAGCUGCAGCGACAUGGAAUAUCAAUGUCGCGACGGCAGUCGCUGCAUCAGCGUCAGCCAGCAAUGUGAUGGCCAAGUCGAUUGCAACGAUGGCGACGAUGAGGACCACUGCGAUGGAAGUGGCUACGAUGCCGAGGAGUGUCGCCAUAAUCAGUUCCGCUGUAGGAACGGUGAGUGUAUACCGAUGCGUCAGGUGUGCGAUAAUAUCUACGAUUGUAGCGAUUACACAGACGAGCAAGACUGCGAUUUGAACGAAAUCAAUGAAAAUCGCGAUAGAGAUAACGAUUAUUUCGAUGGGGAUGGCAUUAUACGAAUUUAUGCGGACCACCAUAGACCCAAAAUUGGCCGUCACAACGAUAACGAUAACAAUAUCCCUAUAUAUGGGAUCAACGAAGAGGAUGCCAGAGAGUACGAACUAUACCUGCCAAGCGAAAAAUACGAUAAGUCGAGUCAACAAAAUCCGUGCACAAGCAGUCAGUUCAGAUGCAACAACGGCGUUUGCAUACCGAACCAUCUGCGCUGCGAUGGCUUCCACCACUGCAACGAUAUGAGCGACGAGGACAAUUGUGACCACUAUGUUCCGCCAUUUACCACACGGCGACCCGUGACGCGUGCACCAACAACCAUGAACUAUCCGUGGCCAAGUGUGCCGCCCGCCUCACUGGAGCGCCAGACAACAAGCACCCCGCCAAGCCGGGUGACGGCAGCAACGCGUCCAACAACUAACCCAAUCCAAAUAACAACGAGAGGAUAUCCAGCGCACACUGACACAGACACAGACCCCGACAACGAUCCAUUGAAUGAGUGCGAUCUGUAUAAUUUUGAGUGUGACUUUGGCCAGUGUAUACCCUUUGAGAAGAAAUGCGACGGCUAUGCGGACUGUGAAGAUCAAACCGAUGAGCUCGAUUGUCCGGCCAUGACAGAGCAUUGCCUAGAGCACGAGUUCGAGUGCGAUGACUAUUGCAUACCACGCGAUCAGCUGUGCAACGGUAUCGUCAACUGCAACGAUGGCAACGACGAGCGUAACUGUACUUAUUGUCGCGAAGACGCCUAUCUCUGCAACACUGGCGAUUGCAUUGCAUCCAAACUGCAUUGCAAUGGCAUCGUUGACUGCUCCGAUGCAAGCGAUGAGCUCAACUGUGCCACCAUUCGCUUAACGGCCAAAGAUUGCAGCCAGGAUCAAUUCUUUUGCGAUGAUUCAUGCUUCGAUCGUUCGAUACGCUGCAAUGGUCAUUAUGAAUGUACCGACCGCAGCGAUGAGCAUGACUGCCACACCACGCAUCACACACGUCAUCCAUACUAUCCACCACUGCCCUGUCCACAGCAUGCAUGCCCCAGUGGCAGGUGUUACACGGAAAGCGAACGCUGCGAUGGCCAUCGUCAUUGCGAAGACAACUCCGAUGAGGCGAACUGCUGCGCCCGUGAUCAGUUCCGCUGUCGCGAUGGCGACUGUGUGCCCCUGGACGCCGUUUGCGAUAAUUACGCACACUGUUCGGAUGGAUCCGAUGAGGAGAACUGCAACCCGAUGCAAUGCCAGGCAAACCAAUUCCGCUGCCGGAACGGACAGUGCGUGAGCUCAGCGAUGCGUUGCGACCGCAGAACCGAUUGUCAGGACAGCUCUGAUGAGCAAGAUUGUGCAUCCGAUCCGCCGCAGUCUGGACGCAGCCAGCUGAACCUGAAGACCUAUCCCAGUAGCCAGAUCAUUAAAGAAAGAUAUAUUAGGGAGGGUCGCGAGGUCAUCUUCCGUUGUCGUGACGAGGGUCCAGCCCGUGCCAAGGUCAAGUGGUCACGUCCCGGCGGUCGUCCCUUGCCCGUUGGCUUUUCCGAUAAGGGUGGACGCCUGGAAAUACCUAACAUUCGCGUGGAGGACUCUGGCACUUAUAUAUGCGAAGCCGUUGGCUAUCCAGCCUACGUUGAGGGUCAACAAGUCACCGUCAACCUGAAUGUGGAACGCUUUAAUAAUGCUGAAUACGAUCGGCCACCGUCAGCGUGCAGCGCGUACCAGGCCACCUGCAUGAAUGGUGAAUGCAUCGACAAGUCGAAAAUCUGCGAUGGUUAUCCAGACUGCUCGGACAACUCGGAUGAGCACAGCUGCAGCCAGGGACGCCGAUGCCAGCCAAAUCAGUUCCUGUGCAGGAACUCCAAAUGCGUGGAGCGCACCUGGCGCUGCGACGGCGAAGACGAUUGCGGUGACAAUUCCGAUGAGCAGUCUUGCGAUCCGGAGCCAAAUGGUGCACCCUGCCGUUACAAUGAGUUCCAAUGCUCCAGCGGGCAUUGCAUACCCAAGAGUUUCCAGUGCGACAAGUUGAACGAUUGUCGCGAUGGCAGUGAUGAGUUCGGUUGCAUAUCACCCAAUCCCAUACGUCCACCACCACCGCUGGAAACGCUGAUGGAGGGUCAGUCCUUGAAUUUGACAUGCACAGCAACUGGUGUGCCGGUGCCGACGAUUGUGUGGCGCCUGAAUUGGGGCCAUGUGCCCGACAAGUGUAUAUCGAAAAGCGCGGGCGGACGUGGCGAUCUCUAUUGCCCGAACAUGCAGUAUCAAGAUAGCGGCGCCUACUCUUGCGAGAUAAUUAAUACGAUCGGCACCCACUUCGUAAUCCCCGAUACGAUUGUGACAGUGAUUCCCGAACGCAAUCAAUUCUGUCCCGCCGGCUUCUUCAAUAUGCUGGCUCGUUCCCGUGACGAUUGCAUCAAGUGCUUCUGCUUUGGAGUCGCUAGCGCGUGCGAGAGUGCCAAUCUCUUCACUUAUGCCAUACAGCCGCCAAUUAUAUCGCAUCGUGUGGUCAGCGUCGAUCUAAGUCCCUAUCAACAGAUCGUGAUCAAUGAGGUGCCCUCACAAAAUUUGGUCAACUUGAACCAUGGCUUACAAUUCCGUGCCUCCGACGUGCAAUACAAUAGUCGGGAGGCACCCUAUUUGGCCCUGCCCAGCGAUUACAUGGGCAAUCAACUGAAGUCCUACGGUGGCCACCUCAAGUACGAGAUCAACUAUAUGGGCAGUGGAAGUCCAGUCUCUGGACCAGAUGUCAUAAUCACCGGCAACGGUUUCAUUCUCACCUAUGCCGUACGCACCCAGCCCAAUCUGGCCAACAAUGUGGACAUCAGCUUUAUGCCGGGCAACUGGCUGAAGCCCGACGGGCGUAAGGCGACACGCGAGGAGCUCAUGAUGAUACUGGCCAAUGUGGACAAUAUUCUGAUCCGUCUCGGCUACAUUUCGAUGGCUCGCGAAGUGGAGGUUGUUCACAUUGCAAUGGAUUCGGCAGGCACAUCCGAUCAAGGCCUGGGCAGCGCCUCCCUCGUCGAGAAGUGCAACUGCCCGCCCGGCUAUGUUGGCGACUCCUGUGAGACCUGCGCCCCCGGCUAUGUGCGCCAGCCCGGCGGAGCCUGGCUGGGUCGCUGUGUGCCGUUCGUUGCAGAGCCCUGCCCAGUCGGCACCUAUGGUGAUCCGCGUCGAGGCAUCCAAUGCCGUGACUGUCCGUGCCCGCACAGCGGCAGCAACAACUUUGCCAAUGGCUGCCAACUCAGUCCCGACGGCGACGUCAUCUGCAAUUGCUAUGAGGGCUAUGUGGGACGACGUUGCGAAAGCUGCGCCGCCGGCUAUCAGGGCAAUCCAUUGGUGCCUGGCGGCUCUUGCCACAAGACACCGGAAUCGAUGUGCAACGUUGAAGGCACCUACAAUCAUUACAGCAACGGUACGUGCCAAUGCAAGGAUCUCGUCAUGGGCGAUCGCUGCGACACUUGUGCACCAAAGAGCUUCCAUCUGAACUCGUUCACGUACACUGGCUGCAUUGAGUGCUUCUGCAGUGGUUGGAUGGCGGACUGUACGAGCACUUCGUGGUAUCGCGACCAGAUCAGCAGCAGCUUCGGCCGUUCCAGUGCCCCGCACGGCUUCACGCUGGUCCGUGAUUACACACGGCCCACGCCACAGGCGGUGCCAUUCAAUACGUUGUCCAAUGCGAUUAGCUUCUCAUCCGAUUCGGACUACAGUGCGGACACUCUGUACUGGAGCCUGCCCGCCCAGUUUCUGGGCAACAAGCUGACCGCCUAUGGCGGCAGACUCAACUACACGCUUAGCUACAGUCCACUGCCCGGUGGUCAGAUGUCGCGCAACAAUGCACCCGAUGUUGUCAUCAAGAGCGGCGAAGAUCUCACACUCAUCCAUUAUCGCAAGUCAUCUGUUAGUCCCAGCACAUCCAGCUCGUAUGCCGUGCCCAUUGUUGAGAGCGCCUGGCAGCGCAGCGAUGGCCAAGUCAUAAAUCGGCCGCAUCUGUUGAUGGCACUCAGCAAGAUCGAUGCCAUCUAUAUUAAGGCGACGUAUACGACCGGUACCAUGGAAGGCUCGCUCAAGCAUGUCGCCUUGGACAUUGCCAGUGCCAACAAUCAGGGCACUCCGCGUGCCUAUGAAGUGGAGGAGUGCCGCUGCCCAGUGGGCUACAUUGGACUCUCCUGCGAACGGUGCGCCCCCGGCUUCAAGCGCAAUCCCGAGGAGGGCCUCUAUCUGGGUGCGUGCGAGCAGUGCACUUGCAAUGGCCAUUCCAGCCAAUGUGAAGCAGAGACGGGCGAGUGUCUGAACUGCGGCGACAACACCGAGGGAGAGAACUGCGAACGCUGUGCACCCGGUUAUGUGGGAGAUGCAACAAGUGGCACACCCUACGAUUGCCAGCCGAGCAGUGAUAAUUCACGGCUGCCGGACAUACCGGACACGGAGUCGGACGAUCGGCAUGACUGCUACUGGUGCAACGCCGAUGGAACCGAGAAUUGUGUGAACAACAGAUGCAUGUGCAAGGUGAAUGUGGUUGGCAAUCGCUGUGAUCAGUGUCGGGAUGGUACUUUCGGUCUGUCCCGUGACCAUAUGUCUGGUUGCAGUGAGUGCUUCUGCUCCGGCCAGGCGAACCAGUGCCGACCCGCAUCGCUUUACCGCCAGCUGAUUGCCAUUGAUUUCAUUAGCAACAAGGCGCUGAUCACCGACGAUUUCGGCGAGCAGAUGGAGAUGGAUGAUAGGAAUCUGAUGGUGGACUUACCCAAUAAUAUGUAUACGUACAACUUUAACUCAUAAACCAAAUAUUGGAGUCUGCGCGGUAAUGUUCAGGGCAAUCAGCUGAAUGCCUAUGGCGGCCUUUUGAACUACACUCUGACCACCAAAUCCUUUGGCCAAUAUAUGCCCGGUCACGAUGUCAUUCUCAUUGGCAAUGGCAUGCGUCUGAUGUGGUCCCGUCCGGCCGAGUUGUCCAAUUCGGAUGAGUAUAGUGUCCGCCUCAGCGAGGAUGAUAAUUGGCAGCGUUUAGAACGUGGCAGUGCUGUUAGCGCAACCCGCCACGACAUCCUCAGCCUGCUGACCAACGUUGAGCAUCUGCUGAUUCGUGCCACACCCAAAAUACCCACAACUCGCACCUCCAUACUCGAUGUGACAUGGGAGCUGGCCGUGGAGCGCGCUGAGCCCGGAGCCGUGCAUACCGUCGACAUUGAGCAGUGCCAGUGCCCGUCUGCCUACACGGGCAAUUCGUGCGAGAAUUGCGCCCCAUUGCAUUAUCGGGAUGAGAGCGGUCAGUGCCGUACCUGUCCCUGCCAGGAGGAGAACACCCAGAGCUGUGGUCUAGGCAACAGCGGCUAUGUGGAGUGCCAGUGCAAGCCACGUUUCACUGGCGAUCGUUGCCAGGACAUCGACAAUGGCAUGCCGGAUCCAUCCAUCGAUCAACCCGAUAAUAUACGCACCCAGAUCGUCGUGUCGAUAUCGAAGCCACAAAUCACCAUAUUGCCAGUGGGCGGAUCUAUGUCCCUGCGCUGCAGCGGUCGCAUGAUGUGGAACAAUGAUCCGGUCUAUGUCAGCUGGUCCAAGAUGGGCAGCCGACUACCCAAUACUGCGGAAAUCGAGGGCGGUGUCCUUAAUUUGUAUAAUCUGCAAAUCUACGACUCUGGCGUCUAUAUCUGUCAAGCAAUGAACAACCAGACUCUGCGCGUCUUCAAGGAUGAGGUCUCCAUCACCAUAUCAAAUCAAUCGCAACGCUCGCCAGCUCAGAUCGUCAAUCUGCCCAGCACGGUGACCUUUGAUGAGUAUCAGCCGAGCGAGAUUACCUGCGAGGUGGAGGGCAAUCCAACGCCAACAAUCACAUGGACGCAUGUCGAUGCACAGGGAGAUGGACGGACUAGAACGGAUGGCAAUCGCUUGAUAUUCGAAUUGCCACGCAAAUCGGAUGAGGGACGCUACCGCUGCCAGGUGCAGAACCAGUACGGAGCGGACGAGAAAUACGUGGACGUCUAUGUGAGGGGUAAUGCACCGCAGCCGGCACCAGUGCGAGAGCGCGUCUUUAUUCAGCCGGAGGAUUAUAAUGGCAAGGCUGGGGAUACGGUAACCUUCAAUUGUCACUCCACCAGCGGUGCCCAGCUGCGCUACGAGUGGCUGCACAAUGGCCGUCCAUUGAGUUCGCAGCAGCAGCGCAACGUAAUCAUCGCUGGCGAUAUGCUCGAGAUUCGCGAUGCCAGCGCCAGUGACUCUGGUGUUUACACGUGCAUCGGCAUUGAUCUGCGCACACGUCGCAAUUACACGGAGGAGGCACGCGUCUACAUUGAGCAGCACCAGUUGCCGCCACCUGUCACCGGCAUUAAGCCACAUAUAAUGCGACUCACCGAGAAGGCCUCCAUCGAUCAGGGCACUGACUAUAGCAUUACAUGCGAAUCCAGCGGCUCACCCUAUCCCAGCAUCCAAUGGAUGAAGGACGGUGAAUCGAUGCCAUCCAAUGUCCAUAUUACCGGCAAUGUUAUGCGCAUCAUCAAUGCUCGUCCAGAAAAUCGCGGCUAUUACUCGUGUACGGCCGAAAAUCCAUACGGAUCAGAUCAUUCCAGCGUUCUUAUCGACGUUGAACCUCGGGAGGCUCCGAGCGUUGAUAUAACACCAGCGGUCCCAAUGACAUUCACAGUCAAGCAACAGGGAUACCUUUACUGUGUUGCCCAAGGCAUACCCGUACCGACGGUGCAGUGGCGCCGCAUCGAUGGCAAACCACUCACACCCCGACACAUGAUAAACGAAGAGAAUGCCGGCUAUGUAAUCAUUCACGACAUUGAAAUUAAUGAUGCUGGUGAUUACGAGUGCGUUGCCGAGAAUUCCGUUGGUCGCUCUACCGGCAUCGCAACGAUCCGUGUUGUUGAGCCACCAGUCGUUACUCUCAAUCCGAACACGCAAGUGAUGAGUUACACCGAGGGCGAUGAGGUGCACAUCAGCUGUAUCGCCAGCGGCGUACCCAAUCCCGCCGUCCAGUGGGACACCAAUCAGCCGAUCAGUCUAUCAAGUCGGGGCCAGAAUAUCGCCUAUCUGGACAUCAAUCGUGUCACGCACAACGAUGCCAGAAUAUACACCUGUUCAGCCACAAAUGAAGCGGGCAGCGACCAGGCCAGCAUUCGCAUCGAAGUCCAACCCAAGCGCGGCGAUAUCGGUGACGCUUAUGGCGAUGUGGUGCAUGAUCCUUACCCUUCCCACUACCCAGAGCUACCUACACAGCGUCCGUAUUACAAUCCCAAUGAGAACACUCAAAAGUUCACCACCAAUCUGGGCGAGAAUGUGACACUCACUUGUGACCUGGCACCGUAUUUGAGCACCCGCUGGGCUCGAGUUGAUGGACAACCGCUCCUAUCAAAUGCUCACACGGAUCGCAAUAUACUGACCAUCACGCUUGUCGAGGAGCAGAAUCUGGGCCAGUAUCGCUGCAAUGCGGUCGAUAAUCACGGCUCCCUUGUGACGUAUGUGGUGCGCGAACUGGUGCUGCUGCCACUGCCACAGAUCACAUUCUCCCCUAACAUACCGCUGGUGGUGGAGGCCGAUACCAAUGUCGACAUCCAAUGCAGAGUGAUCAAUGCCGAGCCACACAAUGUCCACUGGGCCACCGACAAUGGCCGACCACUGCCCAGCUCUGUGCACAUUAACGGAACUUUGCUAAGCUUUGUGGCCAUAGCACCUGCGGAUGCCGGCGGCUACAGUUGUACGGCCACGAAUGACUACGGCAACCAUAGCAAGACCGCUCAGGUGGUGGUCAGGCGGCCAACCUUCUACACUCCGCCGACGCAAUCGGAUGUGCAGGAGCAUCGCGAGGGUGACAGCAUCCAGUUGCGCUGCACUGUCUCCACGCAGCGUGGCGAGCAUCGCGGCAAUGUGCAGUUCCACUGGUACCGCGAGGAUAGACGCCCGCUGCCGAACGGUGCGCGUCCCGAUAGCCAGGAGCUGAUCCUGACAUCGUUGCGCAUGGACGAUGCCGGUGUUUAUAUUUGCGAUUCGUAUGACAGGAACCUGGGACAGCGUUUGACUCCCACCUCCAUCGAUUUGCGUGUACAGCCUAAUAAGUACAAUUUGAAGUCGUAUAAGGGAAGCCAAGAUUUCCCCUGCAUGGUUUUCUAUAUAUGUAAAGAUUUAAAAGUGAGCAAAAUAACGCCAGCCAAGCCACUGGCGGCGCCCCCACGUCCCUCGGUCAUCUCGUACGCAUGCCAGGCCAACGAUUUCAAAUGCGUUUCGCAUCCGCACACGUGCGUCAAGUCGAGCAUGGUGUGCGAUGGCAUUUACGAUUGCACGGAUCACUCGGACGAGUUCAAUUGCACGCGCGACUUUGCCAGCAAAGCGGCCAGCAGUGGUCCAACUGGGAUCGGGAUCGGAAUUGGAACCGCAACGGGAACGGGAACCGGAACAGGAUUGGGCAACUUUAAGCGCUGGAAGAAGAGUCACGCACGCAAGCAGAAACGUCAUCAGCAGCAGCAUAGGAGACCAGAACAGCGACAGGAUCAACAACAACAACAACACCAACAUCGUGCAGGGAUGACAAAGCGUCAAGUUGUGCCGUUGGCAAAACGUUUCGCGGGCGGAUAUCUGCCGCCGGUUCUACGUACACCGCCACCAGAGCCAAUGAUGCCCCGCGACUACAGCCUCAAACUGGAUCAGCAAUCAUCGAAAUUGCGCACAGGCGAGUCCACCCAAGUUGAAUGCUACUCCUCGGACAACAGCUAUACGGAUGUGAUUUGGGAGCGUUUCGAUGGUGCCCCACUCUCAGCCAAUAUUCAGCAAGUGGGCAACAGCCUGGUGAUUAAUAAGGUGACCGCCGCCGAUGCUGGCGUCUAUGUCUGCAAGUGCCGAACUGAUGAUGGUGAUUUGUAUACGACCAGCUACGAGCUGGGCAUCGAGGAGCAGCCAGAGUCGGAGACGCAAUCGGAAUCGGAACCUGAACCGGAGCCGCACCCGGAAGAUCUGCGUCAGCCAAAGAUCGUUCAUGCCCAGGCGGGCGACCAAACGCAACUCAGCUGCGGUGCUGAUGAGAGCCGCCAGCCCAGCUAUCGCUGGUCCCGUCAAUAUGGCCAGCUGCAAUCGGGUCGCGAUAUACAUGAUGAGCAGCUGGUGCUGCAGGAUGUGCAAGCAAACGAUGCCGGCAGCUAUGUGUGCACAGCCACCUACAACGAUGGGGAAUCCGUUGAUUAUCCGAGCAUAUUGGUCAUUACUGGGGCAAUACCACAUUUCCAUCAGCUGAACCAUCCAAAGUCCAGUUACAUGAGUUUCCCCAAGUUGCCGGAAUCCUCGUUCAAGUUCAAUUUUGAGGUCACAUUCCGGCCGGAAUCGCCAAAUGGUCUGCUGCUCUUCAACGGCCAGCCACGUGGCACUGGCGACUACAUUGCCCUCUCACUAAAAGAUCGCUAUGCGGAGUUCCGUUUUGACUUCGGCGGCAAGCCGCUGGUGGUCCGUGCCGAGCAGCCCGUCAAACUGAAUGAGUGGCAUACGAUCCGUGUGCAGCGCUCCCGUCGCGAUGGCUACAUUCAGCUGGACGAACAGCGACCCGUCGCCUUCCCCACUCUCAGCCAAACACCACAGCUGGAGCUGAUCGCUGAUUUGUAUAUUGGCGGUGUGCCCAACUGGGAUCAGUUGCCCGCCGAGGCGGUGACAGAGGAUGCUGGUUUCGUUGGCUGCAUUAGUCGGCUGACGUUGCAGGGCCGCACAAUUGAGCUGAUGAAGGAGGCCAAAAUGAAGGAGGGCAUCACCAGUUGCAAGCCUUGCGCCCAAAUGCCCUGCGAGAAUAACGGCAUCUGUCUAGAGAGUCAAACAGAACAGGCCUACACCUGCAUCUGCCAGCAGGGCUGGACGGGACGCAAUUGUGCCGUCGAAGGCACCCAAUGCACACCUGGUCUCUGUGGCGCCGGACGUUGCGAGAACACCGAAACGGACAUGGAAUGCCUCUGCCCCCUCAAUCGCACCGGCGAUCGCUGCCAGUACAUCGAGCAUCUCAACGAGCACAGUCUCAACUUCAAGCGCAACAGCUAUGCGGCCUACAAUACACCACGUGCCGGCCGCCUGAAUGUGACACUAUCGCUGCGACCGUCCAGUUUGCGGGAUGCUGUGCUGCUAUAUACGGCGGAAUCGAAUCUGCCAAGCGGUGAUUACGUUGCCCUUCUGCUGCACGAUGGCCACGUCGAGCUGAUCAUCAAUACGGCGGCACGCCUCAAGCCGGUUGUGGUGCGCUCCCAGCAACCAUUGCCACUACACCGCUGGACACGGGUCGAGCUGCAGCGUCGCCAGGGCGAAAGUAUACUUCGUGUCGGGGAUGAGAGCGAGCUGCGUGCCAAGGCGGCGGGUGCACCACGAAUGCUGUCGCUAAAGACGCCACUCUAUGUGGGUGGCUACGAUUGGGCGACGGUCAAGAUCAAUCGGGAUGUGAACAUCACAGAUGGCUUCGAUGGCUGCAUCUCACGUCUGUUCGACUCGACACGUUCCAUUCAACUGCUGGCUGACAUUAAGGAUGCGGCCAAUGUGCAGAACUGUGGCGAACUCAAUGAGAUCGGCGAUGCUGAUGCUGAUGUCGAUGCCGAUGGUGAACUGCCCAUUGCACCAGUCAUCGCUGACGAUGAUGAGCCGCAACCCUAUGCAUUGUCGCCCUGUGCCAGUGAACCAUGCGAUAAUGGCGGCACAUGCACCGAAGUGGAUCAGCAGGCGAUCUGUGACUGCAGUUUGGGCUUCAGUGGCAAGCGUUGUGAGGAUCAUAUCCAAGUGAGUUUCAAUGCCUCGUUCCGCGGUAAUGGAUAUAUGGAGCUGGAUCGCAAUCAGUUCAACAGCGAGGUGGAUCAACAGUAUACGACAGCAGCGAUUCUCUUCUCCACGAGCAAACCGGAUGGCCUGCUAAUGUGGUGGGGCCAGCAAAUGGGCGAGGAGUUCACCGGUCAGGACUUUAUAGCCCUUGCCGUUGUCGAGGGAUAUGUGGAGCUAUCACUGCGUCUCGAUGGCCAGGAGGCGAUGAUACGCAACUCGGAGAAGCAAGUGAAUGAUGGACACCGUCACCUUGUGCUUGUGAAGCGUGCAGACAACACUGCAAUACUGGAGGUCGAUCGCAUCUCCGAGUCUGUCGAGACGCGGCCCACCAGCAAGAAGGAGAUGCAUCUGCCAGGCAACGUACUCAUUGGCGGCAUACCGCACAUCAUGAGUUUCACGGGUCAACGGUAUGGGCACAACUUCAAUGGUUGCAUGUUCAUCGUCGAGGGCAACACCGGACAGAUCAAUGUGGGCAAGGCAGCCAUCAAUGGCGUCAACGUGGACACCUGCCCCGUGGGCGAUGAGGCUCGUGGCGGCACCGAACCACCAGUCGUUUAAAACAAUACACAAAAACCAACAGCAAAAGUUAGCUUUUUUUAAAUCAACUUUUUUUUAUAUAUAAACUAUGUUAGACUAUGCGAAUGUGGAAUAUCUAUACAUAUAACAUAUAAAGAACAAGAGGAGACAAUUUAUACACUGCGCUAAUUUUUGUCUCGGAAAUCGAAACAAGAACUUCAAACGAAAUGUUGCAAUUGCUUCUUCACCUUCUCUUUCUUAUUCUAUUAUUGUUAAUCUUAUAUGAGAACAAAAUUAUUGUUAUGAUAAUGAUUAAAAAAAAAAUGAGAAAAAAAAGAAAUAAUAAUUAUGAAACCAAACAACUAACUUUAAACUUGCAAUGGCCAUACGAAGUGAGACACAAAAACCAACUCCAAGCGAAACAAUAAAAUACACAUAGAUUUUUAAGGCCCAACUAACUCGAACACAAAAACAACGCAUACUAGCCAACAACAACAACAACAACAAACAAACAAGAACAAACUAUAUAUUAGCAUUUUAUAAUCAUUAAUUUUUUUUAUCUAUUCAUUUUCGAUGAUUUUGUUUUUUUUUUUUCGUUGAGAACCCAGUGUAAAAUGUUGUGCAGCUUAACAAUUAACAGUCCUUAAACUUACAAGCAACCAAACAACAACAACAACCAAUUGCAUAUAAUACACGCAUACACAAACAC